GGGCUGCACAGAAACAUACUAAGAAGGAAGUAAACAAGUAAUGUCCUCAUACUGACAGUCUGGGCCAAUCCAAGUGCAGCUUGUACAUCUGAGAGCAAGAACAGCGACAAUGUUGUGGUCUAAGAGUCCAGACCAGAAAGGCUGUGAUACCGACGCUCCCAUCUUACUGAACAAUGACACUGACGCAACUCAGAGGCCAGACCAAGAGAAUCCACAUCAGAAAGGAUCAAGAAUGUGGAGGCUCCUUCAAGAUAAAAUACACCUGACGGUAGACAAGGUUAAAAGGUUCGACUUCAGGCCCUCAGUGUUGACCCAUGGAAUCCAGCAAGUCCGCCACCUGAGCUCAGCAAGCCCUAUCUGCCACAUGACAUACAACUGGAAUGCUAAGAAGUUUGUAAGUCUGGAUAGCGAAGGUUGUCUUCGUGUUUACCACUAUGAUGGGCGCCUCAUGGACAACAUCACAGUAACCCAGCACUUCAAAGGCAUUUCUAGCACAAUGUUACCUGAUUAUUAUGUGGCGUGGGGUUCUGAAAAUUCCCUCUUUGUUCUGAAUGCUGACUUUCACAUUGUCUCUAAUAUUCAAGCCACUCAGGAUUUACAAAUUUGUGCUGCAAGUGAGUGGAUGGAGGAAGUGGUGACCGCAGGUGCUGGAAACAUUUGUUUUUGGUGUAUCUGCCCCCUGAUAUGUAAGGCAGAGAUCACAGAGGGACUGACUGCUAACGAAGUGUUCACACAGCUUCUACUGCCCAAGAUGGAUAACCCCGGUUCACAAAAAUGCUUCGCCGUUUGCAAAAAUGGAGUUGCCAUGUUUAAUAUCUCCAAGAGAAAGCUGAUGGUUCACAAGAAAGACCUGCACCCUAGGAAAAUCACUGGCAUUGCCUACUGCUGUGGUCUCCAAUGGCUGGUGACAGCAGCUCGUGAUGGCUCCAUCAAGGUGUGGGAUAAGGCCUGGCGUUUACAGAUGGUAUUUGUUGGGCAUACUGCACCUGUCACUGCUCUGGUGACAUUUCCACAUGUGCCUCACCUUCUCUCAGCUUCCCAGGAUGGCACAAUGAGAAUAUGGAACUUGCAAACUGCUGAUCAAGUGGAGGAGAUUCAGACGGUACAUGUGGCCCUGGGUUUGGGUGUGAGUGAGGACAACACAGGCGAAGCUGACUGCACAGGUCUCAUCUUCUCCUUCUCCUCUCAAGGAGUGGACUUUUGGGAUUUGACUCAACUCUACAACAUACUGACCCCACUGGAAGCCCCUGUGAGGAGUAUACAGAUGAUAGUUUUGCAUCGCUUCCCACCUCGAGCUGUGUGUGUUUGUGAAGAUGCCUCAAUAAGGCUUAUUGCUGCAGAGACUGGUGAUAUUAUCACAUCUUUCUUCCUGGAAGAGCCAAGGCAGAUCAGAGCUGUGGACUACUGCCUUCCUUUGGAAACUCUUUUUGUUGUCACAGACAAAGGAGAAGUUCUCAGAAUAAAUGCUUUGACCAAUCCAGCAAGCCUUGUUGACAGGUCAUUUGAGCAUCAUGGUGGAGUUGAGAAGAAGCAAGCUAUACAAGAGCAGGUGGAAAUCUCAGACAUGGGGACAGCAAAGUGUCUUGUGAUGUACAAUUACAUUGUAGAAGAAGACCAAGCAUACUCUGCUUGGACCGAAGUUGUGGAAAGCAAAGGGAAGGGGUGGCAAAGGAAAAAUUCUCCCUUCAAACAGCAAAUUAACCGGUUUUUACUGGUGGUCGGACAUGAACAUGGCUACCUAUCUGUGCUGGACUGGGACACAAGACUCCCUGCAUACAAGACAGAGGCUCACAUCUCCUGUUGUGUAUCUGCAUUGAUGGCCUGCCCCGAGAGUAACUAUGUCAUUUCCACUGGUGAAGACAAGAUGGUAAAGGUCUGGCGUGUUUUCCCCUAUGCUGAUGAGUCUCUCAGUCUCCAUAUGAGUUUCUGCUGUGCUCAGCCACCUCUAAAGGUCAGCUGUUUAGGUUCUUUACUGGCUGUGGCCUUCCAAGAGCUCUCCAGUGCCACAUAUGGCAUCGUCCAUUACCAUUUAGAAACCAAGAGCCGCUCCGAUCAUCCACCCAAGGACGACCCUCAAGAUCUCAUCACUGGGCUCUGCGCAUGUUCACAACUGAAUAUCUUUGCUUCAUCCAGCAAAGAUGGAAUGAUAAAAAUUUGGGACCAUAGAAACAAGUUGCUGAGAACUCUUUCGUUGAACGCAGUGCCAGAGAGUGUAGCCUUCUGCAGCAAGCGUGGGGAUCUUCUUGUGGGGAUCCAGAGUCAUUUGUAUGAAAUUCAUUAUACCAAGGUCCUACCCCGACAUUACUACUUUAAGUUUGACGAGGAGUUUACUGAACCAGUGCCAGACUCCACGAUUCCAGCUUCAAAAGCUGCACUACAUUCUCUGGACCCGAGCCUGAUGAAGAAGCUGAAGGAGCCACCUUUGUCAUCAAGACCUACACAAAGAACUGAAGAGGAUGUGGAAUACGAAAAUGAACAACGAGAAAUGGAGAAGAGGCGAGCUGCACUUGCUGCUCGAGACCAGGAGCUCCUCCUCAUUAAACAAGGCAACCUUCUAAGCAGAAGGAAACCUGUGCGCACCAAGGAGACCCAAAGAGAAGCCUUCAAGCAAUACAUGCAGCUCUUCUAUAAAGGACUGCAACCUCCUGUAAAGAUCCUGGAAGAUGAUGGCAUUGAUGACUUAGAGCCAUUUCAGACACCAAGGCCCCCUCCAAGAGAGUCCCCAUUCAUUCCUGAAAGAGAGAAAGGGGGUUUCUUUCCCAGCCCAGCCCUGGCAAGACCUUUACGUCAAGGAUCUGCAGCAACCAGUGAGGCCAGCCACCAAGAAUCAGAGCAGCUGCCAUCACAUGGGGUAUCCCCAGUUCUUCAGGAAGGCACUUUCCCCAAUUCAGUAUUGCUAAGUCAAUUGUGGCCACCAGAAGCAUUCCAAAAGACAGAAGAUGAGGAAGCAUCACCAAGAAAGGAGGUGGCUCAAGCUAACAGCUAUAAAAUGAAACUCAAAUUUCUUGAGGAAGCAAAGUUGGAAGAAGAGCAGGAGGAGGAAGAGGAGAAGGAUGACGACGAUGAGGAAGAAUCCAGUUUUGCUGCCCUGAUGGCAAUGAUCGAUCAGGUGCCAGUUAGAGAAAGUCCAAAGCUGUCUCCUGAGCCAGAGAUUAAGAAUGAGCCAGAACCAGAACCGGAGCUGAAGUGUGAGUCAGAGCCUGCAGUUCAACCGCAUGUGGAGCCUAAAGAUGAACCAGAGCUGAUCCCCAGGGCACAACCAGAGAAGCCAAAAGUCAAGCAACUCUCUCCAGUUAUAAAGCACAUCCCCCUUCCACAGCCAUCACCACCUCCACCUCCACCAGCUGAGCCCCCCAGCAGCCCAUCUCCAGUCCCUCUGCCCAGCUUCAUCUCACAGUUCACAGAGCAAGACUGGUUUAAAAGAGUAUUCCCAGAAUCAAUCCUUAAGCCACUCAGUGCCAGGUUCUUCACGAGCAUCCUGCUGCAGAAACUGAAGAUCGAGAAGUACCAGAUAAAGACUGACAUCCUGGGCGCUCUGGUCAUUUUGCACCAGCAGGACUGUCUGGAGAACUUGGAAGAAAUGCGUGAAAAACUAUUGUCUGUCCUCAACUAUCCAGAGCCUCCUUCACUUAUGAAAUCAGACCAAAGGCUGUUCAUUGGCACUGCUCUAUCAGUUCUUACAUCUUUGUAUCCCAGCAGCAGGGAGGUCCUCAUUGAACUGCUGGUCCAGCUGAUUGAGGCAGAUUUGGAUUUCAGAAAGAGCAUUCUGAUUUGGCUCAAGAAGCUGGGGCUUGAAGAUCCCAACAACUAUCUGUGUGAAGAGCUAGACUCAUGGAAUUUAUGGAUAGAGGAAAGAGCCCCCAGUAAGGCUGAGCUCCGCAAUAUCAUUAAAGAGUGGCUGGAGCUGUGGUCUCAGAAGUUCAAAUCUGAACACAUCAAGGUGUUUGUAACAGAGCCACCAGAUGCUGCACCCUUCAGACCAAUAGAUGCUGUGAACUUCUUCUGUAAAAUGCAAUUGAAAAAAGAGCUGGCAGCAGGACCUCUGGCACCUCUUCAGCGAGGUCACCAAAGAGACACUGUAUUGGUGUUACCAGACAUCCACAGAUCUAGACCAAUCCUAAGACUUGGAGAAACUGGAAGUUUCACAAGGAAACAGAAAGUCAAAGGUGUAUCGUUGCCUCCACUAUCACACCAGUAUCUACUCUCCGGCUUUGUGCCUCAUAUCGCACUAUCUCUACCUAAAGUGGAACUGAGUCCGUUUUCUCUUCAAAAGAGCACAGAACAGGAUGCAUCUCAUACCUUAGUGAGGUCUCUCAACUGGGUCAUGAACCGUUACUUCUUUGUGGAGCACUCCUAUGCAGAUGGUUAUCGGUGAUCACUUGAUGGUCCAGUCUCUUUCAGGCCUUCUGUAUUUUCAAUAAGAGACAACAUCAGACUUGAAGUUUUUCACAUUCUACGCCUUCAAAAGAGCAUUAAGUCAUCCAGACUCUUGAAAAGUCAGCUUCUUGAUGUGCUUUUCCUUGGCCACAUAUUCUUUGGAAAAAUGGGCUAAACAAUCAUUAUCAUCAAUAAAUCUAAUUUACUAUGAGUUCAGAUU